AUGGAUUCAAACCUAGCUAUUUUCUCGCUAGAACACACCUACCUAGUCAACUCACACCCGGGCAUCUAUGAGUCUAGUACGGGUCUUUGGCAAGAUCACCUGGAAUGGUCCCGAGCACUCAUCCCCUACAAUGUUCUAGACCAUGCACAGGAAAAUAUCCGAGUAAUUGACAACGUGAGCCGUUUGAGACUGACCAUUAUGAACUUGAACCACAACGGCAUGAGCGAAACAAACCAUAUAAAGCUAAUCGAGCCGCAGCUCAACAAUCAGCUCAUCACCAUCAGCAUCAACGGUAACGAGGUCUUCGUGAACAACUCCAGGACUGAGAUUCUCAAAACGUUCAAAACGGUUGGCUUUAGAAAGCUCACUCUAGCCUCUGGUGAGCUUAAAGCUGUUGGGUCCAAUUUCAUACAGCAUUUGAAUAGCAUUGCUUUGCGGUCCAACGUUGAGAUCAUGAUCUCAGAGUAUGAGACCGAUUUCAAAGGCCUGAAUGCAAAGUCGGAAAAGGAUUACAUAUAUAUACUUGGAGAUACCAUCAAUUUGAGUCUGGCAGAAACCCACGUGCAAAUCCUCAUUGACACGCUUCUCAAAAACUGUUUUCUCGAUCAAGUACAGAUACCAAGGUCAAUGGUUCCAUGCUUGGGGGGAGCUGGCUUGAAUAGUCUUUCUGAGCUUACACACGAGCUGAAAAUCAAACUUUAUCUUCCAGAUUUGUCCCAUGUGUUCGCGACCCAUGAAGAAUCUGUCAGCAACAGCCAAAUAUCGAUUUGGAUGACGGGUGAUAGGAUUGCAGAGUUAUCAAUGGCAAAAAAAUCUCUCUUAGAUUUUACAAGUCUUGUCGAAGCAAGACAAACGAACUCCGACAAAGUCUACGUUCAAGAGGUUCAAGUAUGCAGGGAUAAGCUUGAUUUGAUUUCCCUCUAUCAUCAGCGGGAUGUGUUCUCUAUAAUGCUCAAGCACGGGACCUACAUUCGCAAAUCUUACUCUCUUGAGUCCAGAAACCAAGCAAUGUUUGUGAAGGGUUUGACUCCUAGCUCUGUUCGAGAAUCUAUAAUGGGCAUAAGCGCUCUCAGCUGCGGCCUCUAUCAUCUCGACAUCACAUUUUCGCGCGUUCCUCCGACUGCAGAUUUAGAGUAUUACUUGAUUAGCCUUAUCAAUUCCAAGAGAACAUGCGUGCUCAUCCACAACCAAUAUGGGAUAAGUUUCUUGGGAGCUAAGAGAGAGAUACACAUGUUGUUGAAGGAGCUUGUUACAAAUCUCAAGGAUCACCAAUACUUUUAUAAAGCUUUGAACAAAGACAUGGGCGGCUUACAAGUUUCUUUGAAAAUGGAGCUCGCCAAUGACCAAAAAGAUUUUUUGAGUGGCAAAAAAAAUGGAAAAAUUAUCAAAAUUUUGAACCAAUUGGGAAACGUUCCCAAAGUAUCGUUUCUCAGACUCAGUAACCUCAAUUUCAUCAUUGAACUGAGUGUCAAGGUAAAUUCAGGGAUCAAGAGUAAGCAAGUUGUUACGGCUUUUGAUCUUCUUUUGCGCACAAUAAGCCUCAUCGAGAUGGAAUUUCCGGCAGAAAUGCAAUUCAACAUACCUGAGGUUUUUCACAAAAGCCUCAUUGGAAAUGGGGGUGCCAUAAUUCAAUCUAUCCUGAAGAAAUACAAUGUAUUCAUCAAGUUUUCCAGAUAUGGUGUAUCUUCUGAUUUGAAUGCAGAUUCAGAUGAUAUGAUGAACGUCCUGAAUCCUUUCCUGUUUAAACGAGACAGUAAUGUCCUAAUCAAGUGCCCAAUGAAAAAUCUGAGGAGCAUUAUGUUUGUGAAGCACGAAAUCGAUCAGCUUGUACAUCAAUGUUGGCAUAACAGGUCGUUGUCGUUUAAUGGAAUUUCCGUUAUCUACAAUACCAUCCAGUUCCGGCUUUUGAAAAGCCAUUACCUAUUGCUCAUAAAGGAAGCAAAAUUCAAUUUGCAUUUUGUUAGUGAUUUGGAGCAGGAGUUCAGCACCUUCAUUGACUUCCCGAAUUCAAUUGAUGCCUUUGGCGGAGAAAAUAGCGUCAUGAUCACCAUAAAAGGAAACGACAGCAAAGCACGCUUAUGCGCAGGGAAGAUGGCUGGAUACCUCCCAAGGUCCUUCGGAAUUGACGUCCAUGGAGAGUAUGGAAAGUUGGAGGAUGAUGUCAGCUCCACAAAUGUAAACUUUAGAGAAAACAUCAUCAUCCCAUUCAGGUUGCUUCUUCAAACGGAGCUUAUUGUUGAACUGUCCAUGCAGGUCCAAGAACAUGGCUCAUUUCACAGAAUUACCUUGAGUUCUUUUAGUGAUCAAGGGUUGACCAUGGCAGCAUCCGAGCUAAGCCAGUAUUUGAGAGAAAAGAGCUUCUUGAUUGUCGACCAUAGGAGUGCCGCUUUCAAUCCUAUAGUGUCAAUCGAUGAGAAGCCUUUAGGGGUAAUCACGAACCAGAAGUCGAACGGUGAUGUCAGGCCAAGCUUUUUAAGGCGUCUUUUGACCUGCGGCAGAAUCGCUCGCUAG